AUGUGUGGCAUUGCGUUGGGUGUGUGGCACCACGAGGAUACGCAGCCACACGAUGCAUGGGCCUCCGUGAUCAGCCAAAUACAAAGGCGUGGUCGUGAUGCCUAUCAUUCCGUGGCAUGCACGCAGGAGGGUACUCGAUGGGAGCUCCACGCCUCUGUUCUGUGCCUGCGUGGCAAAGAACUCACACCGCAGCCCAUUACGUCGCAAGAUGGGCAUUUGCACCUUGCAUGGAACGGUCAAAUUUUUUCGUCCGAACAUGAGGAUGAUCCUCUUCUCGAUAUGGAAAGAAAUGACGGCGCGAUCAUCAUGACGCGUCUCGAAGAACACGCUGAUCAAAUCCCUGACGUGCUGGUAUCCACACUGUCAGCGGUCGACGGGCCAUAUGCUUUUGUGCUGGUGGAUACGCGGAACGCAUGUAUAUACUAUGGACGUGAUCCACUGGGCCGCAGGUCGCUUCUACAUACCACCACGCAAGGAGCUUGGCACCUGGCAUCGGUCUCAGGGGCCGCGUGGAAAGCGCAUUGGAAAGAAGUCGACUGUGACGCGCUUUGGCAAGUGACAUGGGGACAGGCGCCUGUACGUAUUCCACGCCGCACAUCCCGAUUCGUCUUGCGUGCGCCGUGCGAUGACGCUCCCGAUCAUGCGGCGCUGGUCCCCGAUUUGCAGGCUGUCUUAUCUGAGAGCGUGCGACAGCGUGUGCAGAAAACGCGGCAUGCGCGGAUAGGCCUGCUAUUCUCGGGGGGCUUGGACUGCACAGUGCUAGCGGCCCUGACAGCUCAGCACCAUGCUGGCCCCAUUGAUUUGAUCAAUGUGUCGUUUGAGAAUCCACGUGCCAUUGCAGCAGCAUGGGCCGUGGCUGAAGCACCUGUCAAGCAUGAUACCUUUCCUGCUGAUCCGUACGCCGUGCCUGAUCGUGUCACCGCCCGUGAGAGUUACGCGCAGCUGGCUCAGUUAUACCCCACGCACACAUUUCGACUGGUACAAGUGAAUGUGCCGUACGCGGAGUACGUGUCGUGCCUCGAUACGGUGCAGAUGCUCAUGUCCCCACAGGCGAGCGUCAUGGACUUGUCGAUUGCCGCAGCCCUCUUUUUCGCCUCGCGUGGUGAGGGCUAUGUCGAUGGUGUGCCGUACAAGACGGAUGCACGCAUCUUGCUCUCUGGCCUCGGAGCGGACGAAUUACUCGCAGGCUAUGCACGACAUCGACAGGCAUGGCGCCGCGGCGGCUAUGACGCGCUCACAAAGGAAUUGCAACUGGAUCUCGACCGGAUCCCUACGCGCAAUUUAGGGCGUGAUGACCGCGUGCUGAGUUCUCACAACCGUGAGGUCCGAUACCCCUACUUGGCGCGCAAGGUCGUGGCCUACCUUGCCUCUCUCCCCGUCCAAGCCAAAGCGUACUUUGAGCUCGACGAGCUGGGCGAUAAGUAUCUCCUACGUUGCCUAGCUACGCAUCUAGGGCUUACCUAUGCCGCUCAGCUUCCCAAGCGCGCGAUUCAGUUCGGGACGCGGAGUGCCAAAAUGGACGCGGCCGGCGCCCAUGCCAAAGGCACCGCGCAGGCCUUUGCUUCGUAG